CACUGGCGACCGCUGGGAGGACGCUUAUAAGAGCGAACUUUUUUGGUCUCGUCGCAUGUCUGUGUUCCAGUCUGCGUGGACUAAUGCUGGCUUCUGCGUGUGUAUGAAGGACAUGUAACAUCUUGGGCCACUUUUUACACCUCAACACACACUCCGAAUGACUCCGUGGAACUCGUUUGGAAACCUAAAGUAAAGGUGCGAACAUGGCUGCCAAAGGGUCAACAAGUGCCGCUGUCAGCGCUCUAUCGUGGGAGCAAGUGAGUCGCCUGGAUGAGGUCUUGAGCGAGGUGGUGCCGGUCCAUGGCCGCGGGAACUUCCCCACGCUGGAGGUGAGUCUGAAGGACAUCGUGGCUCGAGUGCGCUCCAGCCUGGCUCUGAGCGGCGUCAGUGUGAAAGACGUGCGUCUGAACGGCUCUACGGCCAGCCACGUGCUGGUGUGCGACCUGGGCUGGAGCUACAAGGACCUGGACGUCAUCUUCAGGGUGGACUUGCCGCACGAGUCGGAGUUCCGGCUCAUCCGCGACGUGGUGCUGGGCACACUGCUGGACUUUCUGCCCGAGGGCGUCAACAAGGAGAAGAUCACGCCAGCGACUCUCAAGGAGGCCUAUGUGCAAAAGCUGGUCAAGGUCAACACAGAGCAAGACCGUUGGAGCCUCAUCUCCUUGUCCAACAACAACGGCCGCAACGUCGAGCUCAAGUUUGUCGACCGCAUUCGCCGCCAGUUCGAGUUCAGCGUCGACUCCUUCCAGAUUGUCCUGGAUUCGGUGUUGGCCUUCUACGCAGCCGGCGAUGCCACAGUGUCCAUGUCCCCCGAGCACCACCCAGGGGUGAGCGGUGAGAGCGUGUAUGGCGACUUUGACGAGGCGCUGGGCCACCUGCGUGACAAGCUCAUCGCCACCAAGCGGCCUGAGGAAAUCCGUGGCGGCGGGCUGCUAAAGUACUGCAACCUUCUGGUGCGCGACUUUCGGCCCGCCAGUGAAGAAGAGUUCAAGGGCCUAGAACGCUACAUGUGCUCGCGCUUCUUCAUCGACUUCCCCGACAUCGGCGAGCAGCAGCGCAAGGUGGAGGCAUACCUUCACAGCCACUUUGUGGGCGAGGAGUCCAGCAAGUACAAUUACCUCAUGAUCCUGCGCCGUGUGGUCAACGAAAGCACAGUCUGCCUCAUGGGCCACGAACGGCGCCAGACUCUGCACCUCAUCUCACUCAUGGCGUUCCGCGUGCUCGCCGAGCAGAACGCCAUACCCGACGCCUCCUGCGUCACCUGCUACUACCAGCCGGCGCCGUACGUACGCGACCACAAUUUCAGCAACUACUACGUGGCCAAUCAGAACAUUCCCACGUGGCUGCCGUGCAACUGACUGCCGGGCGGGCCCGGGCCGGGGGUUUGAGGAAGAGCUGCCAGGGAAAUGAGACAACUGAAGGUCACCACAUUUUCUGAACGAGGCCUUUUUUUUUUUUUUUUUUUUUUUUUUUUUUGGUUUUUGUUUUGUUCUCUUCCAAUGCGUCUAUGAGAAAUUUUAAGUGUUCAAAUUUUCUGUCUUAGUGGAUGCUUACCACCCCUUAAAAGGUUACUUUAAAGGCAAUUAAGGGCUGUUUGACAAUGAAGCCUUACAAUUUUUUUUCCUCUUCCUUUCUGGGAUUACAAAAAGGUGGAAAAUGUUUAAAAAAAUUGCUAUCUCCGGGUAAGUGUAGUACGUUGUUGCCCCCCCCCAAAAAAAAAAAAAAAAAAGUUGUUGCUUCGGAGUCCAUUUUCUUUUAAUUUAACGUUGGACUUUCUCGCGGGUGCACUAAGGCAACAAAAUCAAAGUGCCUGUAACGUAAAAGAAAAGCAAUUUAUUUUCCAAUGUGUUCAGAAAGAGUUGAUCUUAGUCACAGAAUAGUCAUGUGAUCACUUGUCACUGUGUUCCCAAACGAAAGGGCAUGCUUGUGGGCGAGGCGAGCCACCUCCAGGCAGCCUAUCUUCGCCUUGAAGGAGAGCCAUCGAAACGGCCAAUCGUGCGACCGGAAAGCACACGGGUGGAAUUUUGUCUGUCAUUCGUGUCACGGCCUUACGAGCCGGCUGUCGGACCCCAAGGCCAGUCCAGUCAGUCUUGUAGCUUGGCCUUCCUUAAAAGCAGACGCGCGUGGCGAUUCCAUCGCACUCACCCUGCAACCCGAGCCCCCUUCUAUAAUUAUCCCCACACUGUCUCCAUAGGGGUUGGGGGCAGCCACCCUCACUGAACCCCCCCCAUGUGUGGUCAUAGGGUAAAGAUACCAUGUGUGCCUGAUGACGUCAUGUUAUUAUUCUUAGCUUUGUGAAGCAGCGUUGGCGACCGCAGUUUGUUGGAUUGUUGUGCAAGUUAACCAAACACCCACCCACCCAUUUUGAGCAGCCCCCAACACCAAUGCGUAACUGUCCCAAACGCGGGCUUCAGCCUUUUCCGAGAACCGCUUGCCUUUACGAGUGCGCUGCCGCCUCUGCACAUGUUUGCACCAGAUAACCGUCAGCAACCCUUAUCUGGAGUUGAGGGUGACCCCCUAUGCCCCCAGCAGGCUCGCAUGCACCUUGACUAGUGUUUUUAACACACCAGCAACAUGCUGCCCAUUGCCACUCUGGACCAAAAAGUGUUGUUUUUUGAGUUAGCUUUUAAAUUUGAGUUGCUUGAAUUAAAUUAUGCUGCGCACAGAAGAGGCGGCUUGUCUUUUCUGUUCGGAAAUGAAGCUGUGCCAGUGCAGUCGCUGUUCAGAGAAAUUCUGGUGGGUGAUUGGCGUUUAUUUUUUUAUAGUAGUUUUCUUUUCAUUAUUUGUCCCCCUCCCAGCCAUCCUUUCACUCCUUCACCCCCUGAAGGAUCUCAGUCCCAUUUAGCCUAUGAAGAACGUGAAUAAGCUAACAAGCUUUUGCUCGGGCAUUUAUCCCCUCCCCAUUUGAUACUUUUUUUUUUCGACUUUAAUUUUUGGGGGUGAAUCCAUUUCUAGUGCCCUCAAGCUAACAUAGGGGCGCUGUCUUUUUGGCAGAUAACACUUUUGUUAGGAGAGACUUGACGUUUGCUCCUGUUGCUCAGGCAGCCAUCUUGGCUUUGUGAGAAAAGCCUUGUGGUUUUCACACUUGGUUUAGUUGGCGUUCACUGAGUGAUGACGCCUUGUUAUGCUUGCGUUUGCGGUCAGGUCUUUAUGCUUCAUUGCAAGCUUUUGGCAAUUUAGAUGCCAAGAAAACUUAGGGGAAGAAACUGUGGCCUGUAAUUGUUUACGCUAGUUGCCUCUGAUGACUGAAGGUGUCUACCUGUCAGUCAGCUGUCAGGGAUAAAUGAAAAAAAAAAAAAAAUCGUGAGGGUGAAGUGCCUUUUUGUUAAGUUUUUCAGAGCACUUUUCUGCUGUAAACUUGUCAGUGUUAACUUUCGCCACUUCCGUUGUGCUUACUCUGUGCGAGGCGCAGGUGGCGCCCACAAAAGGUUUUGUUUAGCUCGCUCGGCGGCGGUGGCGGAUGGUCGGUGGUCUUAUGCCAUGAGAAAUUUCUCAAGAGUUGUAUUUUUUUCAGUGGAAGGUUUGUGUAUGUAUGCGUGAAUGAAUUCUGGUGGACAUAAACAUGUCACACUUUAUGUUUGGAAAAAGAGUUUUUUGUCACCGUGGUAACUGUGAUGACAAUUUGAAGGGUUUGUCAGCACUUUGACCUCACUCGACCUUUUCCUUAUUGGAAAUGUUCACAUGUAGCGGGAAAUGUGCUUGAAAAGGAAAUGAUAAAUAAAAGAUAUUGAAAGCAA